AUGUCGCUGGUACAACAUCGCCCGAGCGCCGGCUUGAAGCUCGACUCCAUCCCAGAGCGACCUGACAAAGUGCCCCUCAAGAAGGGCGAGUACUCAGUCGCUUCACGAGCGCUAGCUCUUUCGACGUAUUUUCUCUCCGGAGCGCUGGCCAUCAACUUCUCGCAGUUCCUCGGCACGCCAUUGUACUUGGUCAAUGAGGACUGGUAUAAUGCAUGGAUUGCGUUCACCAAGCAGUCCUUUGGGCUGCUGACUAUGACCUUGACGCAGGCUUUUGCGCCGACCAAGGUCAUUGUUUCUGGCGAUGAGUCGGUUAGGGGGCAACUGCGCGUGUCAGGUGAAGGCAACCUGAUACUGGACUUCCCCCAGAGGAUUGUAUUGAUGGCCAACCAUCAGAUCUACACCGACUGGCUUUACCUGUGGUGGAUUGCGUACUGCAAUGGUAUGCAUGGCCGACUAUAUAUCAUACUGAAGGAGUCUUUGAAGAAGAUUCCAGUCGUGGGGUGGGGUAUGCAACUAAGCCAGUUCAUUUUCCUGAAACGCAACUGGGAGAAAGAUAAGCCGCACAUGGCAGACGCUUUAGGGAAGCUCAACAAGAUCACAGACCCCAUGUGGCUGCUGCUGUUCCCAGAGGGCACAAAUCUCGCACCAAGUACCAGGGAAAAGAGCGCAUCCUGGGCACAGAAGACUCGAAUCAAGGAUAUGCAACACACUCUCCUGCCGAGGAUGACCGGAUUACAGUUCUGUCUUCAAGAGCUCGCCAAAACGGUGGACUACCUGUACGACUGCACUAUCGCAUACGAGGGCGUACCUAGGGGUCAAUUUGCGCAAGAUAUCUUCACGCUGAAGGCGGGUUAUCUCGAGGGUCGGCCACCGAAGAGCGUCCACAUGCACUGGCGCCGGUAUGCGAUCAAAGACAUUCCAAUUCACAACGACAAGGCUUUUGAGCUAUGGUUGAUUGCUCGAUGGCGAGAAAAGGACGUCUUGAUUGAGAAAUAUCUGCGGGAUGGCAAGUUCCCGGCAGAUCAAGGGAUCACCAAGUACAAGUCUGGCAGAGUUGCCCGUGGCACAGGACAUUCCCAGGUUCAGAUUCGAUCUAGUCAUUGGUACGAGUUCCUUCAGAUAUUUGCGCCGAUGGGCGUGCUGGCGAUGAUAUUGGCAGUGUUUUAUGGCGCGUUACCUAAGAGCUUCUGGAACAAUUUCAACAAGCAAGCUUUGCAGUCGGGUACUCAGGACAUCAAAAAGGCUGGCCAGCAGGCGGGUACACAGGUCAAAGCGGCUUCCAGCACGCUUGGGGGCCUGACCUUGGACGACGUCUUCGAUAAGGACAAACAAGAGGACUCGUUCAAGAAGGGAGCAUUGGCCGUCCAGCAAUGGUUGAGUACCCCUCAGGCUUCGACGUUGAUGAACCGCGUCGACUUCGUUACCCAAUUCCUACAAAACCCUGAGCAGACCGUAAAAGAGUCAAUGAAGGGCCAGCGGAAGGACUUUAUGCAGUCCAUAAAGGAAGAAGAGGAGCGACGCCGUCAGCUAAACCUUCCGAACUCUGCACAGAACGUCGGAGCCCAAAAGGGAAAAUUCUGGGAUGACCUGAAAAGGAUCGAGAAUAGUCGAUAUGGCUCCGUGUCGAGCUCUUCCUCACAACCUGCUGGGACAUUCUGGGCCGAUCUAAAAGCUGCAGAGCAGCGCAAGAAGGGUCAGGGACUGGAGUAUGGUGCGCGUGGCACCUUCUGGGACAAGAUGAAGACCGAGGAGAAUAAUCGGCAAGGCUCUGUUCAUACCGUUUCCAGCGGUACCUCGUCUAACCUCCGUGGAGUGCGGACGCCGCCGUCGACAUACUUGGCGUCUACCCGCGCUCCCUCCAUAGCGCCCUCAGCUCUGCAAAGAAAGCCGAGUGCGCCGGCCAGCACAACAUCGGCCGCUCCACCAAAAUUGUCAGCUCCCAAACCACGGCCACAGCCAUCGCGGGCAGCCUCGACCAUUAGCUCCACCCCUUCAUCUACACCGAAGAAGCUGCCGCCCUCAAAAACCAGUCCAGGAGUUCGGCCGAAGUCUUUCGCGCCACUCAUGCCAGCCACAGCGCCCAAGCCGGCACCACCUCCAAAGAAGACGACACCAGCGAAGAACACUACGACCCAGAAAUCGACGCCGGCCAAGAUCAGCACGGCAACCAAGAAGCCUGCAGGCAGCACUGAGGCUACAAAGCCAACGCCACCGAAGACGCAAACACCAGUAAAGAAGCUUCCCAACGCAACAGCUGCUUCCAAAACGAACAAACCAACCACGAUACAGAAGCCAGCAGCGGGCGCAACUCCUGCGAAGAAGCCAGUUGCAGCGACUCCUAAAUCCCAAAAAACGACGAAACCAACUCCCGUGAAAUCAAAAGCAGGCGGCGUGACGCCAAAGCAACCUGUCAAGCCAGCGGCGAAGCCAGUCGCGAGCCAGAAGCCUCCGGUCAAGGCCGUAACUAAGUAG